CUCUCUCAUUUAUCCCUCUCAGUUCAUCUCCCAUUAGCGGUUGCAAACCGGCUAUGAAACUUGGUGAGUGAAACCCUCACUGCUUCUUUCUUCCUGCUCUGAAACGUGGUUGCAAAUCGGUUCUGGAAACCCUCAUUGCUUCGACAAAAGAAGGAAAUGGAUAAGGGUAGUUUUGGAAAUAAAAAUAUGGAAGACAGGGAAAAUAUCUGAAACGAGUUUGCGUCACGGGCAUACAGUUGAUGGGCUUGUGUUGGGUUCCUCCGAGUCUCACUGACCGACUGAUCCAUUCGUAGUAGCAGAGCUGUAAAACCAAGUGAAGAGAGUGAGAGAGUGAGAGAGAGAGAGAGAGAGAGAGAGAGAAUGGUAUACCCUACAAGUAGCUCGCAAGUCUUCUGUGCUCGUUCAUGGCUUCUCAAUCGCUCACCCCUUGAAACCCUCCCUAACUCUUCUUUAAAUCUCAAGGAAUCAUUCCUUCCCUUCACUUCACUUUCAAUCUCAAUCUCAAUCUGCGGCAGUAGUAGCUGCAAUUCUACAAAGAAUAGCUUCGGAAUCACUCGAUGCGGAGCUGCUAAGCAGCAAAGUGGUUCCUCGGUGAAGAAGCGACAACGAGCGCCGCCAAAGAAGAAGGGCAGUGCCCCGAAGACGGUGGAUGUGGACGCUGGUGAUGGCGAUUCUGCUGAUUCAGACGCUCUGUCUCAACCGUAUCAACAGUUGCCGCUUCCAAAACCCCCUGCUGGGUUCGUGUUGGAUGAUCAUGGGAAUGUGCUUAUGGCUUCUUCCAAGCGAAUCGCAACCAUUGUUGACUCUACAAAUAAUUUGCCAUUAGAGUGCAUAAUAAGAAGAGUAUUCAAAACUUCUCAAGGGGAUGAGUGUAUGCUGUUGUGCCCAGUAGACACGCCUGUUCAGAUAUUGAAAAGCACAAACAUUGAGGGGUGGUCAGCUGUCAGCGAUGAGGAGGUUGAAGCUAUUCUUCCUGUUGCUUCUUAUGCUCUUGCAAAGAUACAUAUGCAUCUGGUGUUUAGUGGAUUUUGUUAUACAGCACGAGGAGGAUUUUGUUAUUCAGAAGAGGAUAUAUUUGAAUUUCAUGCAGAUGAUGGCCAAGACAUUGAUGGCAUACCAAGUGAAGGUCUAGAAAUUACUUGCUUCCAUCGGGAUGGUGCACAAUAUAUGAUUUAUACACCAUCGGAUCCACUUCUAUUUGUUGCUGUUAAGGAUCAGAAUGGCCUACUGCAAAUUGCAGAUGAUAGCUUGUAAGUUCCCACCAGAUCGUCGGAAGAGGGGAGAUCCAGUGGAGAUUUCUGAUUUGGGGUGAUACCUUUGGCGCUGCUCCCUGGGUUGCUGCUUGCAAAGCACUUGAAAAAUUUGUGGCCUAUGGAAAGAUUUCCCUUUAUUUUGUGUCUCUUGGACAAAGGAAAUGGUGGACAUGUAAAUUUUCCCUGCAAAUUUACAUUUGCAGCCCAUUCUAUGUCGUGUGAACAAUGGAGCUUUAAGGAUGAAUGAUUCAAAACUUGGCUAAUUUUUUGUGGGUGUAUGGUCAGUUGAGAUAAAUUUGAUUGAUGAGACUAAAGAGAGUAAAAUCAAAUGCCAAUCUCAUUUUACUAUUGUAACUUUAGAAUCUAAAAUCUUAUUGGGGGAAAAUGUGGUCGGAAUACAUGAAGUGUGAUUGUUGUGGAUAAGGAAAGUAUAUUUUUGUCAUAUUGGUUCAAUAAUCCUUAGAUUCUGUUGAUACUUUCAGUUUGCACUGUCAGCCCAAGCCUGGUUGAAAGAGGGUGGAUGCAUCAGGUUGCUGAGUGGCACUGAAAACAUUUGGCCAGACUUUCAUCAAACGCCCUAAAUAUUCAUUAUGUGGUGCAGUGUACUAGAUGUGUUUUAAAGGCAAGGCUGGAGAUCACCUGGAUGGAAUUGGUGCAAUGGGACAUGAAAAUUAACAGCUGUCUUUAAAUAUAGUGUAGUGGUGGAAUAGGGUUUGCAUAACUGACUCUAAAAAUUGAUAUAAGAUUUUUUGGUAGACCUAAAUUUCCCCGGAUGAAAAGGCAUCUAAAUGGAGCAAGGAAAUGUGGUUUUCUUCCUGUUAGUGAGUCAGAGUUGGGUUGUCUUACGUGGUAUAUCCAUUUGAUGAGAUGCAAGAGAGGAGGGAGGAAGAAAAAAGGGGACGGGUGGUGUUUGUGCAUAGACAUUUUGUGGGUGGAAGAAGUGAAGUUAGCUUUCAGAGUGUUGUGAGACGGAUGCAAUAGCAAUCAAUCUUGGGUAAAGUUUUUAUCAAAAGGCUGCAAGACAAGUCAUGUCUUCAUGAAACUGGAUGUGGUCCUGUGGACAGAAUGAAUUUUGCAAAGAUAACGAUGUUGAGAUGGAGGGGUUACUUAUUUUUGGUCCUAACAGAGAUAAGAUGAAUGAGAGUAAAUCAAAGAAUUUCAUCAUGCCAAUGAUGACUGACAAGAGGCACCGGUGAGGAGUUAUUGUGGCAGAUUGACAGUCUUAGUGUGAGUUUUGUUAAUUCUAUUGAUCAAGGCAGUCUACUUUGAGGUGCAAAUUGCCAUUUGUUGUGUGGUCUUGAGUUCAUUAUUGUAUUAUAGAGAUAGAUAUAUGGUGAUCUUCUGUAUAGGACACCUAGAAAAAAAAAAUCCAGAUUAUCUCUCUUUGAAUGAGAUCUCAAUUCCAGAUACAGUGUCAUUACAUAUCUCCCAAUUAGAAUCUCUUUAAUGCCACCUUAUUUUAUUUUGAGUGGGUGAGAAAAUAGUGUUUUAAAUUUGUUGAAAUGAAAUGACAGAAAUAUAUAUAUAUAUAUAUAUAUAUAUUCAUGGGGAUUGAGCUGCAUCAUGUUCAUUACUUCCUGUAGCUUCUGCAAAUCUAGGUUUGUCUAUGGUUUUUGGCACCAUCAUGUUGCUUAGUACUUCAAUAUUUCUUAAUGUCCUAAUAUAAGCUUGGGGCACCAUUGAUAGGCUCCAUUGCGCACAUUUGCUGCAAAAUAUUUUCAAAUGCUACAAGUCACCAACUCUUAUCACGCAUCUUCUGAACUAAGCCAAUUAUUGAUGAAGAAUUGGAGGGAAAUGUCUUGGUUCAUCAGCACUUGGGUGAAAGUGUUGUGUGCUAGUGGGAGAGGGCUGAAUACAAUUCCUUUGAAGUGAUUCUAGAAAACAGCUGCAUGUACUGCUACCAAGUUUUGUUUUUAGAUGAAACUUUAUAAAUGAUACAAGGAUAUCCAUCUUCUUCAAGCCAUAGCCACAAUGCAGUGGCUUUCAUUUACUCUCUUAAUGUUAUGGCAGAAAUUGAUCACCACUUGGGUGUAUCCACACUACAUUGGAUUAAACUACCUGAUUUUUGAGAUGCAAACUAAAGAAGGCAUAAAGUGGGAAUACGGAUGUUUAGUGUUGAAGGGACAAGUUGUGGUGUUUAAGGUGGAGACAUGGAGAUGUCCGUUUUCUGAAAUUGUUGUACCUUGAUUCAUUGCCUAUGUAUUGGCUUCUUUGUUAGACCAGAGAUUAUGUGGAAGAUGAUCAAUGAAUCUUGGUGAAGGAUAAGGAAAUUAAAGACGGUUAGAGUUCUUUUAAAUAAUUAUCGGGAAGAGGAAUGCUACCUGUCUGUGUUCCCCAUGCCCGGACACAGUCCCUGGUUUCGGGGGGAGGGGUGUCUUUUCACAGCCCCUCUGAAAUCAGGGAUGUGUCUGGGGGUGGGGAACACAGACGGGUAGUGUUCUUUUUCCCUUAUUAUAUGAAAAUCACAUAGGAUUGUUGAUUUAGGAUAAAUCAAUGGUUUUUAUUGAUUCAAAGAUGUUAUGUUAUCAGAAGUUCAACACCACAUUGCCUUAUGAUGCUUCACCAAUAUACAUCAAUAGCCCUAUUCUUAGCAAUGGUCUCUAGGCUAGGUUUCUGGGUUAAAGUCAUUCAACUCAGUCAAGUGUAAUUUUUACAUAAGCUUAGCAUUUAACUUACUUGCAUAACAUGGGAAAGUCAAUGCAUUCUUUGUAUUGUGGUUUGGUUUGAAGAAUUUGGUCAUUAUAAUGUCAUCAGUAAAGUUCGUCUUGUCUAGCUUGAUGAAUUUGUUAACGGAUGGAACAGUUGUCUGCUGGAAAUGUCUUGAAAGCAGAAAUAUCUGUACCUGUCUGAUAGAUGCAUCUGUUUGACUCUUAAGACUAAUGAACCUAGGCAUUUCACUCAAAUUCUUCAUUGAUAGUAGGUCCAGUGUGAUAAGAAGUAUCAUGUAAUUUGUGAAUGUUGUUUCUGUUUAGAGAUAUUCAAGGAUAUUGGGUUGCAAGAAUCGGCAAGGAGCCUAGCCAAUGCCCAGUGGUGCCAGGUUGAAAUUAAGACCUCUGCAUAAAUUAUCAAUGUGGGUACCAUGUGAUUUUGAUAUAGGUAACUGGUAUAUUCCAAGAAAUACCAAUGGCAGAAAAGAGUCAACUCAGUAACUCAGCUGCCUUGAUUCAGUUCUGAGCUCAGUGUACUUGAGUUGGCCCAACAGUGAAUUAGCUCAGCCUUCUCCAUUGUGGAAUAGUAUUUUGGUUAUUUAUUUGUUUGUUUUUAUUUAGUUAAUUCUCUAUUCCUAGUUGCACCAGAGUCCCAUCUAAUUACAACACUAUCCCAACUACUUAAGUGUUUUAUUUAGUUGAUACACUAUUAAAUAGUUGGAACUCUAUUUUUUUAAGAGUUUUAAGUAAGGUUGGUUUUACCAAUAGGACUGCCGACCAAGGGGGCUCUCCUAUUCACUUUUGAUUGUUAUUUUAUUGUUCUGGUGGGAUUCUUAUUCCCUUUUCAUUAAUAAAGAAGCUGCUUGGUUGGAGCCCUUCGAUAUGACUUCAUUAUUACCUUUUGAUUCCUGAAAUCCUAUGGUGAUGUGGUGGUUCAGCUAGAUUGUUGGGCGAUGCAACAUCUGGUUACUAGUGAUUGUAACGUAAAUCUUUGGUGGUGAAUCCAUAGUUCAUCUCUCAUUAUAUCCUCUUCUUAUUGCUUCAAUUAGCUUCAAGUAUCCUUUGUUAUAUUCAAUUAUUGAGUUGAUUUUCAGCAAGCCUUAUGAUCUCAGUUGAUCAUCAGUUGCUGUUUUUUUAUCACUACACACAUCGCUUGAUCACUGUUUUUCCAAUAUAUAUUUCUUAUGUCGACAUCUGCUUUUUUUUUAUUCUGGAAUUCCUUGUUACAGUAGGAGACUAUCUGAUUUCAGAAUCCAGCCCUCGGAUUUAUCUGAGAUUUUGGAUUUCUGUUCCUCUCAUCCCACGAUAGGCUUUGACCAGACUUUGGCCAGAUCAGAUUUUCUGAUCUGCUGUUGAUUUAUUUCUCCAACAUCGCUGCUGUUAUUUCUGUUUUGAGAUCACUUGCUUAACUGGAACUCUGUCAGAUUUUAAAAUCUGACCUUCAGAUUGGUCUGAUUUUUUGGUAUGUUAUUCUCCCACCUUCAGAUUGGUCUGACUUUUUGGUAUGUUAUUCUCCUAUAUCUGAUUAGUAUUUGUUCAAAAUUUUAUUCACAUCCAAGUCCUUGAUUCUGUUUUUGGAUUUUCUUUGAAUCUGGUCUAUUUCCUUUGUCCACCAUUUUGGCUUGUGUUUGGUUUUCUUAAACCUAGUGUUAGGUGGAUUUAAAACCCAUCAUAUUUUGUUAGCACAAAGGAGCAGGAGCAGAUUCCAGGAAAAGACAAAAAUAAUGCACAUUGACUCUCACAUUUGUUCAACACAAGUAUCCCACCAUUUUGUUCCAAAAUAUUCAUGAGAAAAUUCCACUGAAUGUAAGAAGAAUAUCCCCAUCCAUUUUUCUACUAUGUUUAAAUGAUCAAUUCUUUUGCCAUCCAAUGAUGUGGGUACAAUCCUUUAUACAGUUCCUACAUGACGCAUACUGAUAUGGGUUUUAGAAUAACAAGGUUGAGCACAAGUUCCUAUCGCAUGUAGUUACAUUUCUCUUGCUUUGGGAUUAGUAUAUUUUUCAAUUUCUUUUUUUUUGGCGAGUUUGUGUGUAAAUGAUAGUUAGGCCCAAGGAGAGUUGAACCUCUUAAUUUUGAGGUAUUGACUUUGCCAACUGAGCAACACCCUUCGAGUUAAGUUCUAGUUAUUCCACACUACUACAAAUUUUUUUUCCUUAAAUGUUUUUAAUAAAGACUACUUUAAAUUUACUUGUGGAUGGCAGACUAUAUCUUUUUGUUUAUGUCUAUGCUCAUGCAAGCAUUUGUGUGUGUGUGUGUGUGGAUAGAGAUGUUGGGUCCUAUAAUCAAGGUCGUUGAAGUUUCUACUGCAUGGAGAUACCCCUUCUGCAGAAUAAAGCCAGUUCCCUUGCACACACACACACACA